UCACUCCUCUGGGCUGUAGUCUUCUCUCUCGGAUAAUAUCAGUUUCAUCAGUUCUUCCACCGAGAGAGGGAGAGAGAUGGAAAUCUCUACCAUCCUCCCUAAAUCCAAACACCCAUUUCUGGAUUUCUUCAAACAAGAAAACCCAUUUGAAAUCUCUUCAAAACCAACCAAACGCAUCAAAAAACCCAAUCCAAUUUGUUCGAAAUCCCUAGCAAAAAGCCUUUCCAAACAAGACCCAAAAUCCUUCCGCCCCACCAUCUCCUCCUCAAAAAAAUCCAAUCCAACGGUGCAAAAAUCACCUCCUAACAUCACAGACAACCACCUCCACCGCCUCCGCCAAACAGGCCACCUCGAAGAAGCCGUUACUGUCCUCGAAUCCAUUGCCCAGCAUGGUGCCAAGGUGCGCACCAAGACUUACAUCUCCUUACUACAGUCCUGCAUCGAUUCCGAUUCGAUUGAUAUCGGGCGGAAAAUCCAUGCCCGUAUCGGUUCUGUACGCAAUUCAAAUCCAUUUGUUGAGACCAAGCUUGUCAGCAUGUAUGCAAAAUGUGGCAGCUUGGAUGAAGCCCGCCGGGUGUUUGCUGAAAUGCGUGAGAGAAAUCUCUUCACGUGGUCUGCAAUGAUUGGUGCUUGUGCCCGGGAGCAAAGGUGGGAAGAAAUUGUGAAGCUCUUUGCUUGGAUGAUGGCGGAAGGUGUAAUUCCAGAUGGGUUUUUGGUCCCCAAGAUCAUGCAGGCUUGUGCAAAUUUAGGGGAUGUAGAAAUGAGAGAAUCAGUACAUUCAAUUGUCAUUCGGAGUGGGUUGGAUUCGUUGGUCCAUGUUAGCAAUUCGAUAUUGGCAAUGUAUGCUAAGUGCGGGAGGUUGCAUUCAGCAAAGCAAGUUUUUGAGAAAAUGGGCCAGAAGGAUUUAGUGACAUGGAAUUCAAUGAUAUCAGGGUGUUGCCAGGGUCGUGAGAAUGAAGAAGCAAUGAAGCUGUUUGAUCGAAUGCAGGCUGAAGGAAUCGAGCCGGGUUUGAUCACAUGGAACAUAUUGAUAGCUAGCUACAAUCAAUCUGGUGGUUGUGAUCGAGCAAUGGAAUUGAUGAAGAAGAUGGAGAGCUCCGGCAUCAUGCCAGAUGUUUUUACUUGGACUAGCAUGAUAUCGGGGUCUGCUCAAAACAACAGAACACACCAAGCGCUGGAUCUGUUUAGAGAAAUGUGGUUGGCAGGCAUUGAACCUAAUGGCGUGACAAUUGUGAGCGUGGUUUCUGCUUGCACUUCUCUCAAGGCUUUUAAGAAGGGGACAGAGAUUCAUUCCAUUGCAGUGAAAUUGGGGUCGGCAAAUGAUGUGCUGGUGGGGAACUCACUGAUUGAUUUGUAUUCUAAAUGUGGGAAAGUGGAAGAUGCUCAGAGGGUGUUCGAUAAGAUCUUGGAACGGGACAUUUUCACAUGGAAUUCAAUGAUAGGAGGAUAUGUGCAAGCAGGGUAUUGUGGGAAGGCCCACGAUCUAUUUGAGAAGAUGCAGAUUUCAGGCAUCCGACGGAAUGUUGUCACGUGGAACGUGAUGAUUUCAGGGUAUAUGCAAAAUGGGGAUGAGGAUCAAGCAAUGGAGCUGUUCAAAAGGAUGGAAACAGAUGGGAUAAAAAAGAGCACUGCAUCUUGGAAUUUGCUGAUUGCGGGUUCUCUGCAAAACGGCCACAGCAACAAGGCUCUGAUGAUAUUUCGGCAAAUGCAAUCCAUUUGCAUGAGAUCCAAUUCUGUUACAAUCUUGAGUGUCCUGCCAGCUUGUGCAAAUUUAGUAUCAGCGACAAAGGUGAAAGAAAUUCAUGCUUGUGUAUUGCGGAGUGGGUUAGAUUGUGAGGUUUCGAUUCUGAAUUUGCUUAUAGAUACUUACGCAAAGUCUGGAGAUAUAGUUAGCGCGCAAUCAGUAUUUGAUUCUCUAUCAUCUAAAGAUCUUAUCUCUUGGAAUUCAUUGCUUUUGGGUUUUGUUUUACAUGGUCGUUCUGAGAUUGCAAUAGAUCUUUUUAAUCAGAUGAAACGGAUUGGAGUCAAACCAAACCAUACGACAUUUACAAGUAUGAUUGCAGCCUAUGGUCAUGCGGGGAUGGUGAAUGAGGGGAAGGAACUAUUCUCUAGCAUGACCCAAGAUUACCAAAUUUCGCCAGUAUUAGAACACUAUGCAGGGAUCAUAGAUCUCUUGGGUCGUUCGGGAAGGCUAAGAGAAGCAGCUGGUUUCAUUGAGAAAAUGCCUGUCGAGCCCGAUUUGACUGUUUGGGCUGCCCUGCUGACAGCCUGCAGGGUCCAUGGCAACAUCAGCUUAGCAAUCCAUGCAGCUGAACAUCUGAUCAAAUUGGAGCCAGGAAAUUCAGUAAUUCACAGGUUAUUGUUACAGUUGUAUGCUUUAGGUGGGAGGACCAGUGAUGCUUCAAAGGUAAGAAAGCCUAAGAAACAGAAUGGAAUUGUGAAUUCUCUUGGUUGCAGCUGGAUUUAUGUUAAAAACAUGGUGCAUACGAUUUUCUCAGGCGAUCAAUCUAUGCCAAAAGCUGAUGUUAUCUAUGCACAAUUAGAUAACAUAGCAGAAGAAGCCAAGAAAGGAGAAAUGGGUUUUCAUGAUAUGCACCUUUGCAUUGAGGAAGAGGAGAAGAUUGCCAGCAUCCAUAGCGAGAAGCUAGCGAUUGCUUUUGCCCUCGUAGGAACUCCUGCCUUCCAAACCAUACGGAUUAUCAAAAACCUCCGGAUGUGUACAGGUUGCCACAGUGCUGCCAAGCUUAUUUCAAGGGUACAUAGACGGGAAUUAUUUCUGAAGGAUCCAAAAUGCUUACAUCAUUUCAAGAAUGGGCGGUGUUCUUGUAAGGAUUAUUGGUGACACACGGAAUAGAAUCAAUGGGAGGCAGAAAGUGUACUUCCCAUCACCUGCCGCGUCUACAGAUGUGGCAAUUUUUGAGUCCUUGUGAAGUUAUGAUCAUGGCCAGUAGCAGGGAUAACACAUCUCAGGUUUAUCUUCAGAGAAUGGUGUGGGUGUUGGUGAUUCUUAAUGACUGAAGCUGACAGAUGCUGUCUGGAAACAUUUAAGUUCAUGGAUAUUGAAGAUAUGAAACCCAAGAAGGGUGGAAGUGAAGGUUGGUCAGUCAGUUUGCAUGGCAUUAGUCCUUUGCAUCAGUGACACCUUCUGGGGAAAUCUGAAAUCGUGCUUCAGCUUCCGGCAAGCAAGGAGAGCUUAUCACUUUACAGAUGCGCUCUUCUCCCCUUCCCUUACGGAGAGCAAGCCUGAUACAGAUCAAACAAGGAACCAAAUAAAAAAGGAGAAAAGAAGCAAACAUCAGAAGAAAGCAGGUUUAGGAUGGAGGGCACAAACAGACCUUGUUGUAGAAGCAUGUGCCAUGAUGUUUCCACCAAUGGGCUUGAUUUGGGGCCCAGCAAAGAGUGCUGAACCAUCCACUUGCGCGACAACUUGAUUGGUAAUCACCACCGCCACACCAAACUACAUCCAGCUCUAAUAUUUAGAGAUUUUAUAAAAACCGAGAGAGAGAGAGAGAGAGAGAGAGAGAGAGAGAGAGAGAGAGCAGUAAAGAUUGUCGAUUAGGAUUCAAACAGCUACCCUUGGGGCUAGUUAUAUUGUAUCAUAAAGUGGACUAAAUGAGCUCCGGUCUCCGUUAACAUGAAGCAUGAGUUUAUAUGUAAGCCAUUCUUAAAUUCAGGAAGUUGGAUGAGGUUUUGAAAGCAAGAAUUUUAAAAUACAUGUAAUAAAAUAGAAGAUUGACUU